AUGGUCUUUGUGCCGAUCACAUCGGUUCAAGAGGCAAAGCAUAUUUUUCGUCAUAGAAAUAGCAGAUCAACGAGUCAACUUUGUGCUUGUCGGUUCGCCUUGGCUCGGGCUUUCGUGUCUACGCAAGAUAAAACGUGCUUUGUACCUGGUAGACCGUGUGUGCUCAAGGAAAAGUCAGCGCACACCGGCACUCUGAGACGCUCUCGGUUACAGCGGGGGUUCUGUUGCGCUCAGGUCGAAGCAACAACGGUACAUUCUGAUUCGAUGAGGAAAACGAACUCAACUUCAGUCAUGGGGAACGGCGCUGUCGGGGCGCUGACGGGGAGAGUUCUCGUUCCCGAGAAGCUCGACAGCGACGGCGUAGCGCUGCUCGAGAGAGCCGGUCUGGAAGUAGUGUGCAAGUACGACUUGACAGAAGAUGAGUUAAGCGCUGUUCUUGGUGACUUUGACGCACUGAUCGUUCGAUCCGGUACCAAAGUGACGCGUUCCCUUCUCGAGAAAGCGAACGCUACGCGUCUGCGUGUCAUCGGACGGGCCGGCGUUGGUGUCGAUAAUAUCGACCUGGCGGCAGCCUCCGAACGGGGAAUCGUUGUUGUGAACGCACCUACGGGCAACUGUAUUGCUGCUGCUGAGCAUACGGUUGCGUUGCUUCUGGCGCUGGCCCGCAACAUUGCCGCCGCGGACGCUACAAUCAAAGGUGAUCAGUGGAAUCGGAAUAAAUUUGUAGGCGUUUCCCUUGUGGAUAAGACCCUUGGUGUAUGUGGUUUUGGAAGAAUUGGUCGAGAGGUUGCACGUCGCUGUCGGGCGCUGGGAAUGCGUAUAUUGGCCUACGAUCCCUACUGUGCUGUCGAGGUGACACGCGCCGUCGGUGCCGAGCUCUGCAGCUCCCUCGAUGAACUUCUUCGUGUUUCAGACUUUGUUACCGUGCACAUGCCCCUGACAGAGUCCACGGAAAAUAUGAUCGAUCGGAAUGCGCUCUCUAAGUGCAAGGAUGGAGUGCGGAUUCUGAACGUCGCCCGCGGCGGCAUCGUCGACGAGGUCGCUCUGUUGGAGGCGCUGGAAUCCGGCAAAGUCGCAGGAGCCGCGUUAGACGUUUUUGUUCAGGAGCCUCCACACAAAUAUCCCGGAAGUCCAUCAGAGAAGGUUGCGAAACAUCCCCGGGUGGUCGCGACACCGCACCUGGGAGCCAGCACUGUCGAGGCACAACUCGAUGUGGCCCUUGAAGUAGCCGAGGCGGUCAUCACAGCGCUGCGGGGUGACUUUGCGCCAACAACAGUGAAUGCUCCAUCGCUUCCUUCGGAGAUGCUUUCGACUUUGAAGCCAGUUGCCGAGCUCGCAAAGGACUUGGGAAAGUUGGCGGCUGCCUUUAGUGACCGCAUUCACGAAGUGAGCAUCACAUACGCCUUUCGUGAUGCUGAGAAGCGGAAUGCCACUCGCUUUCUGCGCGCUUCUGUGCUUCAAGGCCUCCUUGGGCAGACCUCGGCAGUGCCGAUCAAUUACGUGAACGCAGAUGUGGUUGCGGAGCGUCGAGGCAUCACCUGGACGGAGGUUUUACUCUCCAGCAUCGAAACCAGCGAUGCAGAGUUUCUGCGUUUGGAAGUGAAUCGCCAUGUCUACGAAGGCCGUGUAACUUCGGGGAUGCCUCGGGUAACGCGCAUCGACAAUUUCGAUAUUGACAUUUGCCUGAACGGCCGUGUACUCGCGUACGAACAAAUCGAUCGACCGGGCAUGAUCGGUCUCGUAGGCUCUAUUCUAGGUGAUGCUGGAGUGAACAUCAGCUUCAUGACACUAGGUCGCGAUGACAAAGUCGGACGGGCGCUGGUCCUCCUCGGGGUGGACUCAGAGCCGGAACCGUCAACGCUCGAUGCCAUCGCAUCCAAAAUUGGGUAUCGUCCGCGAAUGAUGUUCUUCUGA